UCAUUCAGCACUGCCCCUUGAUUGUGUGUCUCUCCCCACCCCCAUGGACCCUUUCACCCCAAAGCAGAAAAACAAGAACAAGAAGAAGGGCAAGGACGAGAAGUGCGGCUCGGAGGUGACCACCCCGGAGAACAGCUCCUCCCCGGGGAUGAUGGACAUGCACGACGACAACAGCAACCAGAGCUCCAUAGCCGACGCAUCCCCCAUCAAACAGGAGAACAGCAGCAACUCCAGCCCUGCCCCGGAGCCUAACCCCGCCGUGCCCGGCGACGGCGCCGAAGCCAAGGCAGACGAGGCCCCGGCUGAUGGAAAGGAGCACCCCGGGGCUGAAGAUGCUUCUGACGAGCAGAACUCGCAGUCUUCCAUGGACAACUCCACGAGCAGUUCAGAGAAAGUGGAAAGGCAGCCAUCUGGAGAGGCGGCUCUCGCCACAGACGCCUCAACAAUCUCUCAGGAUUUGGAAGGAGCUCCACCCUCAAAAAAGAUGAAGCUGGAGGCGUUGCAACAAAACGCCGAGGAGAUGUAGACACCCGCCGGGACGCUCGGACCCACGCUCGCGGGGGGGCCACAUCGGCAGGCUUCAUUCGAGAACACCGCCCCCGCCGGGGCGCUUCCGCCGGGGUGCGAACCGAACUGCUAAACCUUCAAGUUUACCGAGUUGCAAAUCCCAGAAGCCCUCGAACGGCGCCGCUUCCCAGACACUGAGGAACCCUCUGCUGUGAAGGAAAACACUCGAACUAUGACGUUGCUGUCCUGGGGCAGGGGGAGCCCACCGCUCAGGAGAGUCCACCCGCCCACCUGUCUGCACACUGUCUCCGAAGCCAAGAUCCCAUUUAUGUUGCUGCUGUGUCCUUGCCCCGCCCCCGCCCCGCCCUCUCUAUUUAACGACAUAAGCUAUUUGGUGGAGGUGGCGCCCAUCAGGAACCCACUUCUCAUUGGGGCUUUUUCGCUCUCCAGCCAGUUCCGUCUGCUUUCUUUUUUUGUGCCUUGUGCCCUUGAGGUGACCUCUGGCCUGUUCUGAUUGUUUUUGCAUCUCCUUCUGCAAGGUGCCCCCCUGGUUCCUCUGCAGCGGCAGCAGUGGCGGUAAUCCCCCUCCUUAAGCCCCUCACCGGCCCCACCCCUGCCCGACUUCCGAAGCGGGCAGGGAGGAUGCUGGCAAGGAGCAGGAAGGCCCCGUUGGGCCCGCUUGUUUGCGGGUGCCAAGCCUUUGCUGAGCUUCAAGCUCUGGUUGGGCCAGCAGCAGCCUUCAUGAUCCUCGAAGGCACAGGUGUCAGGGUGCACUCGCCAAGGGCUGGCCGCCUCGGUGCAAGCUGGGUACCCCAGAGCUGCUCUCCCCUGCUGGGGGCGGCCAAGGCUUGGAUCUCCAGACCGAUGGACAGAUAACCUAGACUUUACUGGCACUUGCACCCCACGACCCCAACCCCACCAUCACUGCUUACUCCCAGACCUCUGAAGAGGAACUGCCUUUAUUGACUGGCUGCAAAAGCGUCUCCUUCCAGUGACCCCCUAGCUGGGGACAGAGUGCGGGCCCCGCUGGUGCUGAACUUUCUCCUAGGACGUUGCUUGGGUUUCAAAUCCAAAGUAACCCACUGCCUCCCCUCGCCAGGCCCUCCCCACGACCAGUACCAGCCGGCUUCCACGUCACGUUCUCAACAUUCAGAGCGAACAAAGGGGAUGCCCCUGGCACUUAGGUCACAACGGGGGAGGGAGAGCGGGCCUCGGUGGACAGGCCUUGAAGGCCACAACAGGGCACCGAGCAAUCGGAAAGAUUUGCACUCCCCCACCCCUCUCCUCCCCGCCCCCACCUCCAUCCCCACCUGCCUGGGGAUAGCUUCCUUUCACAAGAACGGCUGCCCCUUGAAGGAACCUUGGUUCUGAGGCCAGGUUUGCUCUUAACUAAUUGCCGGACUCCUCAGACCUUAAACCUUUCCCUAAGCAUUCUGUACUGCACUGGAGUUCUAACUCCCUUUGAGUUGUG